ACAUUAUCAUCCAUCCCCACAGGCCACAGAACACCUAGCGUCCUAGCUCAAACUCUGAUCACACGAGUCAUCGAGUAUGGCCUCGAGAACCGCCGCCGUGCCCUCCCUCGCUCUCCUCCUCGCGCUGCUCCUCUCGUGCGCCGUCACGAUGAGCAGCGCGGCGCGGAGGCUGGAGGAAGAAGCUGCGCCCAAGGAGGAGGAGCCGGAGUUCCCGCCGCACCUGAGCGUACCGGAGCUGCCGGUGCCGGAGCACGAGCUGCCCCCGCUGCCCAAGGUCGAGCUGCCCCCGCUCCCGGAGGCGCAUCUGCCGCCCAAACCGGAGCUGCCGCCGCUCCCGAAGGUCGAGCUGCCGCCCAAGCCCGAGCUGCCCGCCAUUCCCGAGUUCCACUUCCCGGAGCCGGAGGCGGCUAAGCCAUUACCGCGUGGCUGCUCGUCGCCUCUUCCAUCGAUCUCCUACUGUGCUCUCGCGUACCCAAGCUACAGCUCACAAGUCGCACGAGCUUCCCGGUCCAGUAUGGCGUCGAGAGCCGGCGUCUCUACUGCCCUCGUACUCCUCGCGCUGCUGCUCACGUGCGCCGCCAUGAGCAGCGCGGCGCGGAGGCUGGAGGAGGAGGAGGAGGCGCCCAAGGAGGAAGAGGAGUUCCCGCCGCACCUGCCCGUGCCGGAGCUGCCGGUUCCAAAGCAUGAGCUGCCUCCGUUCCCGGAGGUGCACCUGCCGCCGUUCCCCGAGGUCGACCUGCCGCCGAAGCCCGAGCUGCCGGAGGUGGAGCUGCCGCCUAAGCCCGAGAUCCCCGCCGUUCCCGAGUUCCACUUCCCAGAGCCUGAGGCUAAGCCAUGAUUGCGGUUGCGAAUCGGUCAUGUGUGUGUGCGCGCCAAUUCUGUCCGUGUGUGCUUGCUACUUGUGAUGUCCACAGGUCCGUGUACCGAUGCCGUGAUGCGUGGUGAGACCGUGAGAGUCCUUGUGUGUUUAUCAAUAAAAGGAUGAUAUAUCGAUGUUUUUUUCUCGAUAAACAAA